AUGGCUCAACAUAACUACAUGUCCUCAAUCUUAUUGCUUGCAUUCAUCUACUUCAUGCAUGACAACAUGAUAACUACUACAAGUGCACGUCAAAUUCUACAGACCUCUAGUUUCUCAAAGCCUGAGACACCAAGUUUCUCAAAGUCCGAGACCCCUUUUUUUUCAAAACCACAGAAAUCUUCUUUCUCAAAUCACAAAAUCACUAGUUUUUCAAAGCCCGAGACCCCUAGUUUCUCUAGGCCCGAGAUCCCUAGUUUCACAAAGCCCAAGACCCCUAGUUCCUCAAAGUCAGAGACCCCUUCUUUCUCAAAGCCAGACAAAUCAUCUUUCUCAAAGCCAGAAAAACCAUCUUUCUCAAAGCCGGAGAUCCCUUCUUUCUCAAAGCCACAAAAACGUUCUUUCUCAAAGCCCGAGACCCCUAGUUUCUCAAGGCCCAAGACCCUUUCUUUCUUAAAACCCGAUACCCCUACUUUCUCAAAGCCACAGAAACCUUCUUUCUCAAAGCCCAAGACCCCUUCUUUCUCAAAACCCGAUACCCCUUCUUUCUCAAAGCCACAGAAACCUUCUUUCUCAAAGACCGAGACCCCUAGUUUCUCAAAGCCCAAGACCCCUUCUUUCUCAAAACCCGAUACCCCUACUUUCACAAAGCCUAAGACACCUAGUUUCUUAAAGUCCGAGAUUCCUUCUUUCUCAAAUCCCCAAACUCCUACUUCCUCAAAGCCGGAGAUCCCUUCUUUUUAA